GUGCCCCCCAAAAUUUUGAAUUUUGAAAAAAGCGGAUUGUAGCUUUAAAAAGCCGCUUCUUCCAUCCACAAAAGCCGAAAGCUUAAAAUCAAAACCCUAUCUCUUACAGCGGGCCAGUGCAGAAUCGAGAAGCCAACCACUCUGAUUUGUCUGUAAUCGGUUGAUAUGGGGACAUCAGAUUUGAACAAGUCAGAUUCAUGUGAGCAGGACAACAAUGUGAUUCAAGAUGUUUCUAUAUUGCUGGUAGAAAAUCUUGAAGAUAUGGACCAAAGAAUUAAGCAAAUGGUUAAGCUGAUAAAGGAAGGUGGUGCUUCUUCGCUUAAAAGUGUUGCAAAAGAUUCUCCUGAAAAACCAGAAUUGAUUGAGGAAUUUCAGCGAUUGUAUCGAUCAUUGGCUGGGUGCUAUGGUCACUUGACAAAAGAAGAACAUAUGCAGACUCCUGAUGGAAAGGUGGGUUUGCACAAGUCUGGCAAUCAGGUCGUUAAUCUAGAUAUGUCACCAAGCUCAGGUGGCUCUAGUCCUGUUCUUUCUUUAAAGAAAGACACCGAUUCAUCUUCAUCAUCAUCAUUGGAUGCUGAGUCAGAAUCUCUGAACUCAUCUCCCAGCAAUUACUUGAUUCCACCUCUGAACAUGGACUUUGACUCGCAGGGAUGGGAUAGGAUCAUUGAACUAGAGGACGAACUUUCCAGCCUGAAAGAGAAGCUCCAGACAAGGGACGCUGAUCUUGAACUGGAGAAAAGACAUGUAUCAAAUCUGCAAAACCAGAUAGCUGAGUUGGAGAGUCGUGCAUCAGAAACAGAUAAUGACGUUGGUAGAUUGGUGAGAGAGUUGGAAGUAAUUACAACAAGGCUCAAAUGUUCAGAUGAGGACAAUGCACAAUUGAAGCAGGAGAUUACUGAGAGAGUGUCUGAAGGUGUUAAAGAAUUGCAAGGUCAUCUUCAAGUGGCUGAGGAAGAUAUAGCCAUGUUGGAAGCUCAACUUGACUCGGAGAGGAAGCGUGUUUUGGAGCUGCAGGAGAGGAUUGUUAAGUACAAUGCUGAUGUGGUUAGCCGCGAUCUUGAGUUGAUGGAAUUGAAGAGUGCAUUGCAUGAUGCACAGGAACAUUUCUCUCUGGAGAAAGCAGACCUGCAGUUUCAUAUUUCUGGUUUGUCAGAGAAUCAAACAAUCUUGGAGACCAAACUUGAAGAAUUGGAGGGGAAGAACAAGAAUCUAGAAGAUGAAAUAAGGCAACACCAAACUGAUAAGAUAAAGCUGGAAAAGAUGCGCGUUGCACAAGAGAUAGUUUUGCAAGGUGAAAUAAGUUGGUUGAAGGUGGAACUAGCUGAGCGAGGAAAACAUGUGGAAGCUGUGAAUAAGGACUUUGACAAAUUCAAACUGAAAUAUGAUAUGCUAAUGGCAGAAAAAGAUGAGCUCAAUGCUAGGGUUCAGACACUUGUGGCAAAUGUGAGUUGCCGUGACGAUCAAAUUAGGGAAAUGGAAGGACAUCUACAUCGGUUACAUACAGAACAUGAGGAUCUGAUUGCUGGGUCUGAAAGUGCGCACAAGUUAGUAGAUGAACUGAAGUUGAGAGUGGAGGAGUUGCAGGAAGAAGUUAACAGGCAGAGAGUAGUGAUAUCAGAUGGGGCUGAGGAGAAAAGAGAAGCUAUACGACAAUUAUGUUUCUCACUAGAGCAUUAUAGGAGCGGUUACAAAGAACUUCACCAAGCAUUUAAAGGGCACAAGUGGCAAGCAGUUGCAGCUACAUAAAAUCAGCUUCUUCUAUAAAGUGGUCUAGUAUGUGUUUCCCAGGCUCACUCAUUUCUUGCAUGAUGUAAUGUGUUUUUUGUUAUUAUGAUAGAACUUUGGCUCAGUGCCUUAGUUCUUGAGUUUGGAUACUUAUUGCAUGUUUUGUUUAGGGUUGUGUCAAUUCAGAUCUCAUAUUAUGUCGCUGCUUAGGUAAUUUUGAUACCAUAUGUUGCGGUUAUUCUCGAUAUUGUGCAUGUCAAAAAUCGAGAGUGGCAUAUACAAGCCCAUUCCUAUGUUGCUGCUUAGGUAAUGUUUCUACAAGUCCAUACCUUUUGUAUUUGAAUCUUGUUCUCCUAUAUCCUGAAUUGAAGAAUAAGUGCAUAUCAACAUUCGUGUGCAUACUAGUGUGUUUACUGCUGUAAUCGGUCUUCCUUGAAAUAGAAAUUAGACUACAUCUGCCAAUGUUCUAGGCAUUUUGACAUUUUCUUUUUCAAAUUAGAAGGUCCUCUAUCAGUUCUUGAGCCACAGCUUCAGUCAUUUGGGAAAUACCUUCUUUUUUCUCUUCGAUUUGGCAUCACAUUUGACUCGGUCAUGGUCUGAUAAAACUCGGGUAGUCUUGAUACUUAAUCCCCACGCUAACGCCACAAAUCUGUAACCUUGACCAGGUCCUCGAUUUCUUUGCAUCAUACAACCCAAGCAAAAACGUUCUAUACAGAACAAGGGAAACGCAUUUGAUUUGAUUACUUCAUAUCACACAUGCCUUGUCUCCUGGACCCUUCUUCACGCGAUUAGGGAGCCCCCAAAACCCCCAAAAAGCCAAACGCCAAAGCUUUUCAGCUUGCUGUUAGGAGCAUCUUCCACAAUGAUUAUGUCCAGCGUGCUUCUUCUAUAUAAAGAGAUAAAUAUCACAAACAUUGCUUAGUUUCCAAGAAAGACUGCAAGCAAAGACUGGGAAAUUAGUACAAGGAAUAAAGAAGAGGAAUAGGGAAAGAGAAAAUGGGGAAGAUACCAUACAAUCAUACAUGUCUGACUUUGACUUGGUAGCUGAGCAGAAUGAACU